AUGAAAAUUUUGGAUUUAUGUGACGUGUUUGAAGGUCAUUAUAAUCCUAAUGGAGCUUAUAAGUGGUUGCAAGAGGUUGAGAAAUUUUUCAAAGGUGUGGCAUGUCCCGAAGGUCAAAAAGUGCAUUUGGGAACCUUUAUGUUGACAGAAGAAGUUGAACAUUGGUGGAAUAAUGCGCAUCAACGUUUAGAUAAUGCAAGGGCUGCAAUUACUUGGGUUGUAUUCAAGAACAUGUUCCUAGUCAAGUAUUUCCCUGGAGACAUCCGCAAUAGGAAAGAAAUGGAAUUUGUCAAAUUGGAACAGGGGAAUAUGUCAGUAACGAAGUAUGCCACUAAGUUUGAGGAGUUAUCCAGGUACUAUCCACUAUAUGUUGGAGAGGCAGGAGAAAAGUCUAAGUGCAUCAUGUUUGAAAUGGGAGUUAGGCCUGAGAUCAAGAAACAUAUUGGAAUGAAAGAGAUUUGUGACUUUCCAACCCUAGUGAAUAAGCGUAGGAUUUAUGAUGAGGAUAGUCGUGCUGAAAAGGCACAUUACCGAAACACUGGAACCAUGAAGGACAAGAGGCCUAUGCAUCAUAAUAGAGAGAAACCUUACUCUUUUCCUCCUAGUAAAUCUGGAAGUCGUCUGAAUUAUCAACAAUAUAGUCUUUCAGCUGGAAAAGGAAAUAGCAGUGGUAAUGGGAAAGGAAAUGGAAAUAGUUAUACUUAUGGGCGUGAUAGAGGAAACCCCAAUGGACGAGGAGUUAGUAACGGGAAUAGUAACAACAGGAGUCAAGUCUCGAGCAACAACAAUGGUAAUAAUGGUGAUCCACCUACUCCUAUCUGA